GUAGCGUGUUUGAUGUGGAUGCCCUAAGGCAAGAAACUCAAGCAUGGCUGCUGGGGAAGGAGUGAAGUUGAUAGGGUGCUCGGUUAGCGCUUUCGCCCUGAGGGUCGAGUGGGCUCUGAAGCUGAAAGGAAUCGAGUACGAGUAUGUCGACGAGGAUCUUUCGAACAAGAGUGCCCUUUUGCUGCAGUGCAAUCCCGUGCAUAAAAAGAUUCCCGUGCUCGUGCACGAUGGAAAGCCGGUGGCGGAAUCGCUUGUGAUUAUCGAGUACGUCGACGAGGUGUGGAAGGAGAAAUACCCACUGCUCCCUCAAGAUCCCUGUGAAAGAGCCAAGGCACGUUUCUGGGCCAAAUUUACUGAUGAAAAGUGUGUACCCGCACUCGUGGCUACAUUUACCAAGCGAGGUGAAGAGCAAGAGAAAUCUGCAAAAGAAGUUCAAGAGAUCCUCAAGACUCUAGAGAGUGGGCUUGAGGGGAAACCCUUCUUUGGAGGAGAGACCAUAGGCUUUGUGGACAUAUCAGCUGCUUGGAUUGGAAUAUGGGCUAAAAUUAAUGAAGAUAUUGUGAACAUCAAACUUGUAGACGAGAAGACAAUGCCUCUACUCUGUGCUUGGUUCCAACAUGUCCUUGAAAAUCCAAUUAUCAAAGAGUGCUUGCCUCCCAGAGAGAAGUUACUGGAGCAUAUCAAAGGCUUCCACAGGAGGUCGAUGGCUGCUUCAACUUGACAAGUUUUACGGCUCCUUUUAUUGCGUUGUAAUGUUUGUGUUAGAGCCAAGGACCUAAAUACCGUACUGGACAUGGUACCAUUUUAGUAACUGGUGCGGUAUGUACCGGUAUAAUACCGGGUAUCGUUUCGAAUAAGGUCAUCAAAAUUGUAAGCCAAAUUGUAACAAGGUAAGAAUGAAGGAAAGGUAACACA